AUGGCCCAGGAUCCCCAGAAGCACAAAGAUGUGCCAGAUGUGGUGCGAGCUGAAAAUGUAGUCGACCCACCACAUGGACAGCCAGCUUUUGCGCUGGGCAGUGACGGCGGGCUGUUUGUCGAGAUACUCCUUUCCGUAGAACUGGACACCCGUAAGGUACCAGACAAAGCUCCGAAGAAGCGGGACGUAAAGGUGAAGAGAGUAGGUCAGACCUCUCAGGAAGAUGGAGGAGCAAAAAGCGGCCACUCCGAGAGCCGAAAGCGACAUAAAGAACAAAAUUCUCACGGGACGCGACUCUGGUUUGUCGAAGAACUCGGACCAGGUGAAAAACACACCCACAACGCCCGCAAUCGACGAGAAAGCAAUGAAGCCGAGCUCCGUGGCUGGGUACUCUUUCAAAGCAAUAUGCUCGGUGGUGAUAAUCGAGGCAGUGAUCAACACUGUGAUUCCUGUGUAGUCGAUACAGGCAAACCUUUGACGCAGAUAAAGUUUUGCGAUGCAGUCGUACGUGUGCCAGACGACAGAAGACAGAAGACAUUUGAUGGAGGCCACGAAAAAGAAAUUGGUGACCAGCUUAUCGCCGAAGGACGAGUGCUGGUAAACGUCUGUGGAAGGGUAAUGGUAGAACAUUAG